AUGUCGUCCAUAGACCUCUAUAUUAGGGUCAUCUGCAAAGAAAUAUUCGAUAUUACCGGAAAGAUCUGCAUUCAAUUCGGGAGAAAAGCUCCAUCACCAGAGAAACAAAUGCAAGAGAAGGUCGAAAAGUUCAUAGUUGAGGUGAUAAUGGAUCCCAUAUAUAAUGGACCAACGGAUUACAUCACAGUGAAGGAGAUAAAGGGUAUUUGGCAAGAUGCUACUACGUGAGCUUGAGCAUUCAUGACGACGUUGAUGAUGGCCUUCUUGAAAACCUUUGUAAAUCAGACGGUUCCUUGGAGAUUCAUGUCGAUGUUGGUAUUCGUGUCGCUAUUGGGGAGGACAAUUUCAAUGCAACGGUCAAGCGGAGAUCUAUCAACUGGAAAUGA